AUGAGUCCGUACGUUGGCGCAAAGGCACCAAUUCUUGAAGUUGCGUGUUUCAAUCAAGAAUCAGCUGUGGUUGCUGCGAGAGCCGGAGCAGACCGUGUCGAGUUAUGCAAGGAUUAUUAUCUCGGUGGACUAUCGCCCAAACCAGAGGUUCUCCAAAAUUUGAGAUCACAGAUCACAAUACCAAUAUAUGCAAUGGUUCGACCACACGCAGAUGGCUUUUGUUACAAGGACCUCGAUUUUGAGGUGAUGAAAGAGACGCUCAAUUCUCUCAAAUCCCUCGGGGCUGACGGUUUCGUCUUUGGAAUUCUGACUGAAUCCCCACAAAAAUAUGGCCCCAAUACCUCAUGGGUUGAUGUAUCCCGUAAUAAGCAGCUUGUACAACUAGCUGAGGGGCGACCUUGCACAUUUCAUCGCGCCUUUGAUCUCAUUCCUGAGUCCCACUGGGAGACCGCAUUGGCCGAUAUCAGAGAGUGUGGUUUUGCAUCCAUUUUAACAAAUGGUGGUCCCUCAGGAACAAAAGCAGCAGAGUGCAUCGACAAAUUGCAAACUCUAGUACGCUAUCAAGCGAAACUUGAAGACCACAGGGAACUUCACACCCACAAAUUUCCAGAAAUCAUCGUUGGAGGUGGUGUGAGGGCAUCAAACAUAGGCUUGCUCCAUAUGACUACCGGUGCCUCGGCCUUCCAUUCCGCUGCUUUACUGGCCUCUAAAACUCUUACCUGCGCAGAUGAGGUAUUUGAGAUGAAAGAUAAGAUUACACAGGCAAGAGAAAAAUGA